AUUGAUUCCUCAGAUUGGCUCAAUAGCUAGGACUGGGCAAGCAGCUGAGAACUUCAUCCAGGUCUUCCAAACUCGUGACCGAAACUCGUGAGCCAUCACCUGCUGCCUGCCAUAGUUAGUACUGGUGGAACCUGGCAUCGUAAACCAGAGCUUGCAAUGAACCUAGGCACUUUCGUGUGGGACCUGAUUGUUUUCAUUGGUGUUCUAACCCUAGGACCAAAUGCCUAUUGCAGAUAAUUGGAGUUUUACAUUUUAUUUUUUCUUUCCAGAUCCAGCCCCUCUGUGGAACCUCUGAACAUCUUUUGCUAGCGAAAACAUGUUCUACACAAUGAGGCCAACAACUUAAUUUGCAGAAGUGUUUAUGUGCUUCUGCUUCAUCUGCUGCUGUUCACAGUACUUGGAAUCUAAGCAGUACAGGGUCUUUUGCGAUGACAAUAUGACUAAUAGUAAAGGAAGAUCUCUGACCAGUAAAACAAGUGAUGGUUCAGCUAGUGGAGGAAGUUUUGUAGACUGGACUUUAAAUUUAAAUACAAUUCAGUCUGACAAGUUUUUAAACUUACUGUUGAGUAUGGUUCCAGUGAUUUACCAGAAAAAUCAAGAAGAUAGACACAAAAAAGGGAAUGGCCUCUGGCAAGAUGGACUGUCAGCAGCAGCACAGACUUUGAGUAACAGAGCUGAGCAGCACAUGGAGUAUCACAGUUUCUCAGAGCAGUCUUUCCAUGGCAGUAACGGGCACAUACCAUCAGGCUGUAGCCAGAAGUAUGAUGACUAUGCCAACUACAACUACUGUGACGUGCGAGAGGCUUCAGAAACCACUGCCAUGCUACAGGACGGAGACGCGUCCAGCGAUGGCGAUGAGGAUGCCAUUGUGGAAGCCAACCAUAAGUUACCAAAGGAGUCCAGCGGCAUCAUGGCCCUGCAGAUACUUGUGCCGUUUUUGCUAGCUGGCUUUGGGACAGUUUCAGCUGGCAUGGUUUUGGAUGUAGUACAGCAUUGGGAGGUGUUCAAAAAAGUUACAGAAGUCUUCAUUUUAGUUCCUGCACUCCUCGGUCUCAAAGGGAACUUGGAAAUGACAUUGGCAUCCAGAUUAUCCACUGCAGUAAAUAUUGGGAAGAUGGAUUCACCCAUUGAAAAGUGGAAUCUAAUAAUUGGCAACUUGGCUUUAAAGCAGGUGCAGGCCACCGUCGUUGGCUUUCUAGCAGCUGUGGCGGCAAUUAUACUGGGCUGGAUUCCAGAGGGCAAGUAUUACCUGGAUCAUUCCAUCCUUCUGUGCUCCAGCAGUGUGGCAACUGCCUUCAUCGCGUCUCUGCUACAGGGAAUAAUAAUGGUUGGGGUCAUUGUUGGUUCUAAGAAGACUGGCAUCAAUCCCGAUAAUGUUGCCACACCUAUUGCUGCUAGCUUUGGUGACCUGAUAACUCUGGCCAUUUUAGCUUGGAUAAGUCAGGGUUUGUACUCCUGUCUCGAGAACUAUUACUUCGUUUCUCCGUUAGUUGGUGUGUUUUUCUUAGCGCUCACUCCUAUCUGGAUUAUAAUAGCUGCCAAGCAUCCAGCCACAAGGACAGUUCUCCAUUCAGGCUGGGAGCCUGUCAUCACGGCGAUGGUUAUCAGCAGCAUUGGGGGCCUUAUUCUGGAUACAACUGUAUCUGAUCCAAACUUGGUUGGAAUUGUUGUUUACACACCUGUUAUUAAUGGUAUUGGUGGCAAUUUGGUGGCCAUUCAGGCUAGCAGGAUUUCAACCUACCUGCAUUUACAUAGCAUUCCAGGAGAAUUGCCUGAUGAACCCAAAGGUUGUUACUACCCAUUCAGAACGUUUUUUGGUCCAGGAGUAAAUAAUAAGUCUGCCCAAGUUCUACUGCUUUUGGUAAUUCCUGGACAUUUAAUAUUCCUCUAUACUAUUCAUUUGAUGAAAAGUGGCCAUACUUCUUUGACUGUAAUCUUCGUAGUCGUGUACUUAUUUGCUGCUGUGUUACAGGUGUUCACCUUGCUGUGGAUCGCCGACUGGAUGGUCCACCACUUCUGGAGGAAAGGAAAGGACCCCGAUAGCUUCUCCAUCCCGUAUCUGACAGCGCUGGGGGAUCUGCUUGGGACAGCCUUGCUGGCCUUAAGUUUUCAUUUUCUUUGGCUUAUUGGAGAUCGAGAUGGAGAUGUGGGAGACUAAUAAAUCCUACAAAUGGCUCUCAGAUUGCGAAGGAGGAAAACACAAAACAACCACUUCUGGCUCUUUUUCAAACCUCUUAAAUCAGUACUUUGAUUUCUGCCAGGGAGGGCUUCAGUUGGCCCUGAGAUUCAAUUAAAUGGCCUUAAGGAAUUUGUGUUAAAAACAGACUGAAUAGUAUUUGUGGUACUUUUGGUAGAAUAGAUGAUCAUUUGACAUAGAUAUAAAAACAAGCUCCAACUUUGAAAUUAAACAGGAAAGAUUUAGAAUGCUGACAAUGAAUAAUUUUGAAACCACAUAUAUAGCAGAAAUAGAUUUGCUUAUUGUUGAAUUGACAAUGCAAGUUUAGAGGAACUAUCUCUGAGUGACUCACAAAUGUAUGUUGCUGUAAAUACCAGACAAGAUUUCUGGUAUUUUUAAUUAUGCCUACUUCUGCACUCCCUGAGAAUAAAUUCACCAUUAUUUGUUCCUAAACUGAUCUAAAUAAUCCUGACGAGCACAAGAUUAACUCACUUUUGCCUGUGUCUAACAUUACCCUGUGCCAAUGCUAACUUAAUUUCAAUUCUGCAAAGUUCUUGGUAGGCUACCCUUUACUUAAGCAUAAAACAAUCUUGAAAUAGCUUAAAUAGAAAUCAGUGAACCACUUUUUAAUUAUUGAUUUGUUGAAGAAGGUGGAUAUUUUUCAAACAACCUUGAUAGUCAAAAGCAGGAGAUAACCUGAGAAGCGUUUGUAGAGACAAGAUGACUUGAGGAAUUAUAUGUGUUUUGAUACAAAUCUAAGUCUUGGAUGAUUGAUAGUGAAGAUGAUGACACAUCACUGUUGGAAAAUCAGCAUUAUAGAGCAGGUCUUAAACACAUGUCUUUGGUAUGCUGUUAUCAUUUGGCAUGAAAAUUUUACCACCAACCAAAACACAUCUAUUACCUACUUUAUACUUAACAGCUUCUUCUUAUUUAAAAAAAAUGUACUAUUUAAAAUAAUUAAGUUACAAGAUUUAGAAUGAGCAAAUGAUUCAUAUGCCUUUUUUAUAUGCCCUUUUUAAGGAAUCCUGCUAUUUACCCUUUUCAAAGAGAAAUUGGUGAGUUCCCUCACUUGUUAUUCACAUGUACACCUAUCUGUUUGCAAAGGCUUAUCUCUACAUGGGACCCUAGCAUAUACCCUGCUCUACUUCUCUGUUAUUUUUCAUGAACUCUAGCUCAAUGUGCUAAAUAUCCAGUACGUUAGUUAUUCAAUAAAUGAGCAUUUCCACACCACACGUAGCUCAUUACUUAAAAUGCAGUGCAAUCUCUAAAAGACCUUUAUAUAUUUAAUAACUUAAACUGGCAAGGAAAUAAUAAAACAUGCACAUUAACUUUGGUUGCUACGGUUCUAGCUGUGGGUUAGUGUUAUGUAAAUGGUGGGUUGUAACAUAUUGGGAAAGUAUUAAGCUCUUUAAAUGGGCUAUGGUUUAGAGUUAUAUAUAUUUGCUUACUUUGGGAACUUUAAUUAUUCCAUUAUUCUGCCUGAUAAUUAAGCUUUUAAGGCAGAGAACUGAGCUAAUUAUACAAUUUCUCCUUUGGAGAGUUAUAAUGUUAUAUAGUAAACAUUCUUAUAAAAGAAAGAAUGGUUAAAUUUCAGUUGAUGACUAUUUAGUUGCAAAAAUUUUUUAUAUUUUUAAAUCCACGAGUGAGAUCUUUGAUUUUACUAUAAAGCACUUGUAGAUUGUUUACAUUUGAUCUGUAUGACUCACAAUCAUCUACAUUUUUUUCAGUGAUUUGUUAUGAUUUGUUUUAGCAU